AUGCAUAAAUUACAAAUUUAUACUACAAAAGGAACGUUAUUGGACACAGUAGGAUGUUUUGCAGCUAAUACCGUCAAAGAUCUGGUCGAAAAUGCCGUAACUUCAAAAAAAUUGCGCUUUGAAGAAGUCUGCAGUCUUCACAAGCUUGGGGAAGAUGGAAAAUGGAUAAAAAUUAAAUGGAAAUCAGAGGUCUCAGAUGUUCCAACUGUUUAUAAAGUUAUCAAGGAUUCGCUAAAGGUAAUUUUUUUGUUUUACAGUUUUAUUUUAAUGUUUAGUGUCGUCUGAAGCAUCGCGUUAGAGUAGUUGAUUAUGAUGGAGAAGAACUUGCAUUGAUACCCACCAAGUCUGGGACAAUUGUACGAAAUAUUGUUAACGAAAUUGUCAGCACCUUAGGAGUGAAUAUGAAGAAUGUUUUCUUUGUGGAGGUGUUUCGAAAUAAGAUUUUGCAAAACAUUCGUAUGGAUCAGAAGAUAUUGAGGGAGGAAAGGUUAGUAAUAACACUGGACUUAUUAGAAAGAGUAAGUUUCAACAUGAUUUAAUAUUUAUUAUGUUUAGGAUGUGAUUAGGAUUGAAAAUGGAGAGCCAAUCUUGCCUAAUUGUUUGACGGUAUUGAAGUUGGAUGAGAUGUUAUUGAAGUAUGAACAUGUAGGUUAAAUUUGAAUACUAAUAAGCAGUUUUUUGCCCAGUCCGGUCCGGAGCGUUUUUCACCGGUCUGGUCCGUCGAUUUUCGGAUCCGGUCCAAAUUUUAAAUUUUUGGGUCCGGUCCGCAAAAAAAAAUUUUUUUAAUUUUUAAAAAAAAGCAAGAAGCGCUAAAACCGCUUUCUUUUUGCUUAAAAACUCCUAAAAAUAUGUUUUAUUUGCAAUUUUUAAAUUAGUUUUAUUAAAAUAAAAAAAAAUUUUCUUCUGGUCCGGAGCUUUUUCUUCUGUCCGGGUCCGCAGGUUUUUGGGUCCGGUCCGCAAAAGUUUUUGUUUCGGUCCGUCCGGUCCGGCAAAACACUACUAAUAAGAUGCAGGAAAUUGGAUUUUAUUAUAACAUUCAGUGUUUUGAAGGGCAGACAAAUAGACCAUUUAAUUAUUGAAUUGGCAACUAUUUUAGAAAAAGAUAGAUAACAAUUGGACAAGGUCGGCUGCGUCUGAACUUGUACAAGCCGAAGUAGUGGCUAGGUUGAAGGCAGGAGAGCUGAUGACUGACGCUGAAAAGUUGCUAAUUUCUAAGUGUAUGGCACCUCCUCUACAACAACAUUGUAUGAAGCGAAAUGCUCCAUGGAGAAAUGAGAGUCGGCUAUAUCUGGCCAACUUGUUUCAACCGUAUCCUCAACUUCAUAUCGUAAGUAUUUUUUUAUUCAUGCACGAACUAUCCGUUUGCUUGGUUCAUCCCCACUUUUGGUGAGAAAGACGUUAGAGUAUAGGGAGGUUGCUACAGAAUUUCUUUGGGAUUGGAAUGGUCCACAAAUAGCCAGCUUAAUAUCUAGUUUUUGAUUUAAUAUGUAUCGCAGUAUUUCUUAUUUCAGCCGGACUUUGUAUCGAAUCAAGACACAAGAGUGGAGAUUAGUGUGUUCGAGCGGGUGAUGAUAAAAAAUUUAACUAUUUUUAAACGAAAGCGUCGUUCUGCCAUUCUUAGGCUUAUGAAAACCUCCACUUCAACAUAG